UUCACCUGUUCCGGGACGUAACUUUUCUUGGCAAGUCUGACAAGAACAAGAAAGAAAGAAAGAAAAGAAAAAAUCUGUAUAAGUUUUACAAAGUUGCUGUCUGUAGCUGAACCGGGAGAAGAAGGUAAACUAGGAAAACAAUGGGUGAGUGCUGCCUGUCUCCAGAGGACGAGGAGAGACUGAGGAUCCACAGAGAAAUAGAGAGACAGCUUCGACGGGACAGAUUAGCGUCUUACCGGGAGCUGAAGCUGCUGCUUUUAGGGACUGGUGAAAGUGGGAAGAGUACUUUCAUCAAACAGAUGAGGAUCAUCCAUGGCAAAGGAUACAAUGACACUGACAGGAAAGGCUUCACUCGUGUGGUGUAUCAGAACAUCAUAGCGGCCAUCAAGGCGAUGAUCAACGCCAUGGAGACUCUUCACAUUGACUAUGUCGAUGACCAGAACAUUGGGUAUGCAGAGAAGCUGAGCCAAGUGGACUUGACCUAUGUGUCAAGUUUGGAGUCCUGGCAAGUGGACGCCAUAAAGAGAGUCUGGAACGAUCACGGUGUUCAAAGAUGCUAUGAGCGCAGAAGGGAAUUCCAGAUAUCAGACUCUGCAAAAUAUUACCUCACUGACUUGGACAGAAUCACAGGCCCGUUGUACAUCCCCACCCUUCAGGACAUCUUGAGGGUCAGGGUGCCCACCACAGGCAUCAUAGAGUAUCCCUUUGAAUUUUCCAAAAUCAUCUUCAGGAUGGUUGAUGUUGGUGGGCAGCGCUGUGAGAGGAAGAAAUGGAUCCACUGUUUUGAGAAUGUCACCUCUAUCAUAUUCCUUGCAGCCCUCAACGAGUACGAUCAGGUCCUCUACGAGAGUGAAAACGAUAAUCGACUCAAGGAGAGCCUCGCCUUGUUUAAGACCAUCACCUUGUAUCAGUGGUUUCAAGAAUCCUCCAUCAUCCUCUUUCUAAACAAAACAGACCUGCUAGAGGAGAAAAUCCAGCAUUCGCAUUUAACUUCCUACUUUCCAGAAUACACAGGGCCUCGACAGGAUGCUGAAACAGCUAAAAAGUUCAUCUUAAAUAUGUAUGUGGAGCGGCAUGUUGGUCGUCAUAAAGCCCUUUACACGCACUACACCUGCGCUACAGACACGGAGAACAUCAGGAUUGUGUUCAAAUCAGUCAAAGACACACUCCUCCAAGAAAACCUGGAACAGUUCAACCUCGAAUGACAGAGGCUAUUGGACCAAGUGAUGGCUCACUGUGGAGAGCAAGAACACUGGUCGUAAUCAUGUUGUAACACUUUUAAAAAGACAAAAAAAAAAAUCCUUAAUGUGCUGUCAGCUGCUUGUUCAAAAACAUCAAAGAGAGGCAUUUAGGCAGCAGUGUCAGGUAAGGUGCAUUUACUUCAUGACUGUAACAGGGAGCAAUUGUCUUUCUUUGAGACACCACUUUAUCAUAACUGGUAAAGUAAGCCCAUUUCCUUCUGCUAUAGGAGAAAAAUGUUAUCUUGAAUUGUUACACAGGGUUCCUUUCAUUCUGUUACUGUUUGAUGGAGAAUAAGCACACGGCAUCAGAUUCGUUUUACAAAGUCUGGCAGGAAUGUGGCCCAUCCUGCCUUACAGCUCCUCAUCCUGUAAGGCAGGAUGGGCCACAUUGUAGCUCCUCACUGUGGGGGGAAACUACAAUGACUUUAAUUUGUUUUUUCAUUAUUGCAUUUGGAUACUUUUAACAAACGUUUUGCCUCUAAAAUGAUUAAAACCACAAUCAUGUAAUAUGUAUUUCUAUAAACUGA